UUCCUGGCAAGUAGCCUACUCAGUGGCUCAACCUGAGAACCUCUAACGUGUUGACGACAAUGUUUUUAGAAACUAUUAAGCCAGGCUUGCGACGUAUUCCGUUUCAUUUGAGGUUUAUCAAUUAUCAACGCAAUGCGUUGGUGACUUCUGGAUCAGGCAAAUUGGUGCAGUGUUCCAACUUAACGUUGUUUUCUCCUUAUUUCAGUCAUGUGAAAUAUGUUCACAAUAAAAAGGUACCAUGGGCACCUAAAUGGCAGCCAGUUAUGAAGACUCAGCCCUCCUCGGCAAUGGAAGUACGUGGUGAAGUAGUGGACAAAUUGGAGAGACUUGCUCUGGUGGACUUCGGUAAUCAGGAGGGCAUAGAUUGUUUGGAGAAAGCCAUACAUUUUGCUGAUCAGCUUCACAUUGUGAAUUCAGUGGCUGUGGAACCAUUGGACUCUGUAUUACAUGACAAAUCUAUGCACCUGCGGAAUGACAUUAUUACUGAGGGAAAACGUGCAGAGGAGCUGCUCCAGCUUUCUAGACGUGUAAUUGAUGAGUACUUUGUAGCUCCACCAGGUAACAUCCCACUUGAAAGGAAAUGAAGAAAGCAGCAGAACUGAAACAUUCUAAAUGAAUGGCUAAACUGGUAAGACUAUGACCAGAUAAUCAAAUCAAAUUUUAUUUGUCACAUACACAUACAUAGUACAACAUGUAGUCUCUUCCUAACUCCAAUGGUGUUAGUAGAUGGUACAGGAUGAUGUAGUGCAUCGCAAUUUAUUAUUUAUUAAUGAAUGAAUAAAUUAAUAGCCAAUGGAAUUUAUCUACAGUUUUGCUUAUAUCAGGGUGUCAGUCCUGGGAACACAAACUGACAGAAAUGUGCCAUUGUACUCUGCGUCAUAACCUAGCUUCAUCAUGACAUUCAAGGUGCCCAUGCGUUUGCUAUGAAGUGGUGAUAUAGACAUAUAGAUUCUAAUUCCUAUUCCUAAAUGUUCCUUUAGUAUAUAUCAAGAUGUAAAUCACAGAUGAAAUGCAUAUAAACUGAACUUAAAAGUAUAAACUGACAAUCAAUAUUGUGAUGUAAUGAUUAUAAAUAUGUGCAGUUUAUUUUAUAUAGCUACACAGUUCAGCAGUUGACCAUGCAUAUGUGUGACAACUUGUAGAAAUAUUUGUUAGGAUUUUGGUGUUGCAAAUCAUGAACUAACUACUUAAAGGAAAAUUAUUCAACCCCUUAAAGAGGAGAACAUGCAGUAUUGAGCAAAAGUGUUAUAUAACCAUUAGAUUUGUUGUUUUAGCAAUGUUAUAAUGACUAUACAAACUCUGUAAUUCACUUCCCUAUCACAUCAGGUAUUGUGAAAUCAUUGUACAACAAUACUCUGUUACGUUUUAUUAUUUGUAUUUGUUUGCAACCUUGAGUGUCAUGAAUAAAUAAAAUAUAUUAUUCCAUGCA